AUGGCUGCUAAACGUCCCAACUUCCUGGUCAUGGUUGCCGAUGACCUGGGCUUCUCAGAUGUUGGAUGCUUUGGCAGCGAGAUCCGGACCCCGAAUAUCGACAAAAUAGCCCUGAAUGGCGGCAUUCGGUUCACCGACUUCCACGCUGCCGCUGCGUGCUCCCCCACUCGUGCUAUGAUCAUGACUGGCACAGACCAUCACAUCGCCGGACUGGGUAAUCUCAUCGAAUGGACCAAUAUCAGCGGCCAGAACGGGCCCAAGGGCUCCCAAAUGAGCACCGCGCCGCAGCGCGGUAUGCCGGGGUAUGAGGGCUAUCUCAACGAGCGGGUUGCCGCGCUCCCCGAACUACUACGGGACGCAGGCUAUCAUACGCUGAUGUCUGGGAAAUGGCAUUUAGGACUAACCCCAGAACGAGCCCCUGGAAAACGUGGGUUUGAGCGUUCCUUUGCCCAUCUGCCUGCCUGCUCCAACCACUAUGCGUUUGAGCCCCAGCUGCGGGAUCAAGAUGAUACCCCGACGUUUAUUGAAGCUAGCUAUAUUGCUCUCCAUAUGGAGGACGACCACUACGUAAAGAAGCUUCCGGAGGGAUGGUACUCGUCUGAUGGAUACGGUGAUAAGAUGAUAAAUUACUUGAAGGACUGGCAUAACUCGGAGAAGGACAAGGAGCGUCCUUUCUUUGCUUACCUACCCUUUACCGCGCCGCACUGGCCGCUGCAAGCUCCGAGAGAGUAUAUCGAGCAUUACCGUGGGGUAUAUGAUGAGGGACCGGACGUCCUUCGCGAGAAACGUCUUCAGCGACUCAAAGAAUUGGGUAUGAUCAAAGACGAUGUCAAGCCCCAUCCAGUGGUGGCUGAGGAAGUCAAAGAAUGGAAAGAUUACACGGACGACGAGAAGAAGAAAUCCUGCACCGCCAUGGAAGUGUUUGCCGGGAUGGUGGAGUGUAUUGACGCAAAUGUAGGCAAAGUUGUCAACUACCUUGAAAGCAUUGGCGAAUUCGACAACACAUUCGUCUGCUUCAUGUCCGACAACGGUGCGGAGGGCGCCGCCUACGAAGCAUACCCGCUUGUCAAGAGCGGUGUUCUUCCUCAUCUACAAAAGUACUACGACAACAGCAUCGAGAAUCUCGGAAAUUACAACUCUUUCAUUUGGUAUGGUCCGCGAUGGGCCCAGGCCGCCACCGCCCCGUCUCGUCUGUACAAAGCGUAUACCACGGAAGGAGGUGUGCGGGUGCCAUUCCUAGCGAAAUUCCCCAGCAGCGUCAACGUCGCCAAUUCCGCAAAGGGCAUCACAGACCAAUUCGCCACGGUCAUGGACCUUGCUCCGUCCAUUCUCGAAAUGGCCGGCGUCAAGCAUCCCGCCCCGACGUAUCAGGGCCGCGAAGUCGUGCAUAUGCGCGGAAAGAGCUUCUACCCGUGGGCCACCGGGCAGGCCGAACGGAUCCACGCAAAAGAUUUUAUUCAAGGAUGGGAAACCUGCGGCCGCGCCGCUCUGCGGUUUGGAGACUGGAAAAUUGUGUAUAUCCCCAAACCCAAGGGCCCCGAGAAAUGGCAAUUGUACAAUCUCGCCAAGGAUCCCGGCGAGGUCGACGACUUGGCCGAAGCCGAGCCGGAGCGUCUCAAGCAGCUGCUCAAGCUCUGGGAUCAGUAUGUCAUCGAAACCGGCGUCAUCCCGCUCAACCCUGACCUGGGCGCUUUCCUUGAGGCGACAGAGGCGCAGAUGCCCGAGAAUGCAUGGAUGGAGUUUGAUUACUGGAAGCCCGGGGCGAGAGACGAGCCGGAGAAGUUUAUGCGAAAGCCGCCGCGGUUUCAGAGAACAGUCAAACAGUUCUAA